AUGAAACAGUUGAUUUUGCUGUUAAUUUGUUUGAGCUGCAGCACCUGCUCCAUUUACGCACUGAAAUGCAGAUCCCAGGAAGGACUAAGUGAAGCGGAGCUCAAGCGAACUGUGCGCAACUGUAUGCAUCGCCAGGACGAGGACGACGAUCGAGGACGAGGUGGACAGGGCCGGCAAGGAAAUGGCUAUGAGUACGGUUACGGAAUGGAUCAGGAUCAGGAAGAGCAGGACAGGAAUCCCGGCAACAGGGGCGGCUAUGGCAAUCGAAGGCAGCGAGGACUAAGGCAAUCGGAUGGCAGGAACCAUACCAGCAACGAUGGAGGUCAGUGUGUGGCCCAGUGCUUUUUCGAGGAGAUGAAUAUGGUGGAUGGCAAUGGGAUGCCCGAUCGGCGCAAGGUGAGCUAUCUCCUGACCAAGGACCUUCGGGACCGGGAGCUGCGCAACUUUUUCACGGACACCGUGCAGCAGUGCUUCCGCUAUCUGGAGAGCAACGGAAGGGGCCGGCACCACAAGUGCUCGGCGGCCCGGGAACUGGUCAAGUGCAUGUCGGAGUACGCGAAGGCUCAGUGCGAGGAUUGGGAGGAGCACGGCAACAUGCUCUUCAACUAGGAGUAAACUUACCCCACUUUUUAGGU